AUGCCCCACAUCCCGCUCCCGCCGCAGGUCUUGCGGGCCCUCGGCGAGGACUCGCGCGCCCCGACCGGCCUGGGCGUCGACGGCUUCAUGACGCCGCCCUCGGUCGCGGCGACGCCGUUCGACGGCGACCCGUUCUCGUCGAGCGCUCCUGCCGACGCCAGCCUCCCGCCCACGCCCGGCGUCGUCGAUGCUGCGCCGAGCGCGCCCGAGCCCGCUGCAGCCGGCACGAGCCCGUCGCCGCCGCAGCAGGACAACGGCGCCGUCUCGCUCGACUGGGCGCGACCGUCGGGCCCGGUCGACCCGCGCACCUACUCGGCCGUGACCGGCUUGCGCGACAUCGAGGCGUUCAUGUGCGAGGACGGCGAGGCGGGCAAGGGCGCGUACGGCAGCGUGAGGAGGGCUCGCGAGAAGGGCCCGGACGGAAAGCCCAUCGGCCCCGAGCUCGUCGUCAAGUACGUCAUCAAGCAGCGCAUCCUCGCCGACUGCUGGAAGAAGCACAAGAUCCUCGGGCCCAUCCCGAUCGAGGUGCACGUCCUCGACCACCUGCGGCGCGUGCCGUACGAGCCUCGACCUCGCCUCAACUACCUGUCGCGGCGCAGCGGCGGUGCAGGAGGAGCGCGCAAGGGCCCGCCCGGCGCGCACGUCCGCCGAGACUCGGCGCCGCAGCUUGACCUGUGGCACGGCGGCAAAGACGGCGCGCCGGUCCAGACGGGCCACCCGAACGUGUGUCCGCUCCUCGACUUUUGGGAGGACGCCCACUACUACUACCUCGUCAUGCCGUCUGCGACCGCCGAGCCGACACACGGUGCGCAACCUCGACACGGCCAGGACCUGUUCGAUUUCGUCGACGCGCACCCGGACGGCCUCGGGCCGGCGCCGCUGCAGCGCAUCCUCGCCCAGAUCGCCGACGCCGUGUGCUUCCUCCACGAGCACUCGAUCGUGCACCGCGACAUCAAGGACGAGAACGUCGUGCUCGACCCCGAGGGCAACGUCCGCCUCAUCGACUUUGGCAGCGCGGCGUACGUCAAGGAGGGCCGCAAAUUCGACACGUUCUCGGGCACGCUCGACUUUGCCGCCCCCGAGGUGCUCAAGGGCGCGAGGUACAGCGGCAAGGAGCAGGACAUCUGGGCCCUCGGCGUCCUCGGCUACGUCCUCAUCUGCGGCGAAUGCCCGUUCUGGUCGCCCGACGAGGCGAUGCAGGGCCUCGGGCCCGACACGAGGGCGCUCGCGGCCCUGCGCGCCAAGGCGCGCCUCGACGACGGCGCCGACGAGGCGGCGCCGCGCAUGAGCGACGCGGUCGAUCUCGUGCGGCGGUGCCUCGAGAUCGACGCGGCCGAGCGGCCGAGCGCCGACGCCGUGUGCGACCACGCGUUCUUUGUCGGACGGGCAGACGGGUGGAGCGGGUCGAGAGGGUGGGAGCGUCGAGACGAGGGCCUGUAGCUGCUUAUGGAGCCGAACACGUAUCGCAGACGGAUGUUGACACACUG